CCGUGGGGAAGCACUCAGGCUUAUUUAUGAGGGUUUGUCGCUUGACAUCAUGACAACAGUCGGGUUCCCAGCUGGGCCUCAGCCGUCCCCAAAUUCCUUGCUGUUGGAUUAGCAACAACAGGUAGGUGUGUUGCCUGUCGUGCAGGUACUGUACAGUAUGUACUCGUCCCUGGCUAUGGAUGUCAGUCGUCCCGUGUCCCCCCGGGUGAACUAUCUUUCCGGUGAGGUCACUUUCUAUCUAAUAAUUAUUCCAAGACUCCCCGAAUCACAGCCCUGUCCAAUGCCAAUCGAUUGACGGCUGGUGUCGAUGCACAGCCUCCAUUGUACUUGUGUGAUUGUGGCAUCCAGAUCGGCCAGGGUUAGUUCAGUCAUCUUAUAGUGGUGGGCUUACUCAUACGGCCGUUCCCCUUGCUGAGCUGUUUAGGACCUGGGGUCACCAGAGCAUCGGACGGUCGGAUGGUCGGACGUCCAUGCACCUAAUGCCGUCUUUCAGCCUUGAAUAUGAGCCGUGAAUGGCUCUCAUAUGUCUUCAACUGUACAGGCAUUGACGAGGCAUAAAAGGAAACGACAACCCAUUGAUCACCCAGUCAUGAAUUCGACCUCCAAGACAGGUAUCCAAAAGGGAAACCCAUCAAAAGAAACUGCAAACCAAGGACACCGUCUGAUAUUUGAAGGGUAACGGGCCUGGGGUAUUAUCGGCCAUCAUCAAAGAGUCCAAAUGCAUCCCUCAAAUAAAGCAGCUUACCUUAUCGGUCCAAAGCAGCGUCCACUAGAGGUCAGGUCGGCACCAUACACGCACCCCCAGGCCGAUGAGAUUGUGAUCAAGAACCACGCUGUGGCAAUCAACCCACUAGACCACAUCAAACAGGAUAUAGGCAAUCUUCUCUACUCGUGGGUCAAGUAUCCGGCAAUUCUGGGAACAGAUGUUGCUGGGGAGGUCGUCGAAGUCGGGCCCAAUGUCACACACUUCCAAGUCGGUGAUCGCGUGGUCGGCAACUCAAUUGGACUUGCCGAGAAGCACAAUCUCGCCUCUCACUGCGGUUUCCAGGAGUAUACAGUGUUGCUGACCAAGAUGGCGUCACAUAUUCCGGAUUGGUUGGCUUACGAGCAAGCCGCCGUGAUCCCCUUGGGUCUGUCCACCGCGGCAUGUGCCAUGUUUCAGAAAGAUCAACUAGCGCUUCAAUAUCCGACCGUUUCGGCGUCCAAGAACUCAACAGGCAAGACACUGCUGAUCUGGGGAGGAUCCACGAGCGUGGGCAGCAAUGCAAUCCAGCUUGCCGUGGCCGCCGGGUAUGAGGUCAUCACGACCGCGUCUCCCCGGAACUUCGAAUACGUGAAGAAAUUGGGCGCUGCGCAAGUCUUCGACUACAAUAGCAGCACGGUGGUUGCGGACAUUAAGCAAUCAUUCCAAGGUAAAACCACUGCUGGCGCGCUGUCCGUUGGCAGGGGUGCCGCCGAAAUGUGUCUCAGUAUUCUCAGUUCGUGCAAAGGCGACAAGUUUCUGUCCAUGGCAACCUACCCUAUGCCGCCAUCACCGCCCAAGCGGCUUGUGACGCUGCAGACUGCUUUCUACUACAUCUCGGGCAUCGUCUCGUUGUCGGCCCGGGCAAGGCUGGGCGGAGUCCGAACCAAGUUCAUCUUCGGCGACACUCUGGUGGACAACGAAGUGGGACCAAUGAUUUAUGAGGACUUUCUUCCCAGAGCAUUGGCGGAGAAGACGUUUGUGGCCGCACCGGACGCUGAAGUGGUCGGACAUGGCCUGGAGACGAUCCAACAUGCCCUUGAUGUCCACAAAGGGGGUGUGAGCGCCAGAAAGAUUGUUGUUACGCUGUGAGGGGGAACUGUACGAGACCAGUAGUGUUCAAAUAUGUAUAAUGCAAAAUCAUAAUGUUACACAGUA